UUGAAGAUUGCUAACAAUACUGCAACUGUUGCCAUCAACCAGAAAGCUGUGCUGGACCUGCUGUACAAUGAUAAACCUUAACAAAUUCAUUCCUUAUUGGCUCUUCUUGUUUUCUUUUAAAGGAUACGUUAUUGCAGGAACUUCUAAAGAAAAUAUAAGUGUGCCUGUAUAUGGAGCCCUGGGGGACUCUGUGUAUCUGCAUUUCAAUACGACCUUGAACAGCAGCGUUGAGGUGCAAUGGAAGCAGGGACUCAAUCGCAUUGCUGUGUUUAAAAAUAGCAGAACUGUCCUCUAUGAUUCUUAUGUAAACAGGGCUGAGAUUUUUGCUAUUGCCACUCUCAGACUGGACAGGACUCAGAAAAGUGAUACAGGAAAUUAUUGUGUGGAGGUAUUUGAUAUUACUGGAUGUAAUAUACUUAAUGGAUGCAUCCAGCUGUAUAUCCAAGAGGCUGUCUCCCAGCCUGUGAUACACUCCACAUGUCUGUCCCAUGGGAAGAUGCUGCUGGUCUGCACAGUGGAUAAAGGAGAUAAUGCUUCAUUUAACUGGAGUUUAGAUGGAGUGCCGCUGAAUACCAGCCUUGCUUAUUUCAGUGAUAAAGAACAUGUAGUAAUAUUGAAGAAGCAUUUCUCUGGUAAUCUGAUCUGCAUUGUUACAAACCAAGUCAGUGAAAAGCACAGUGACUCUGUGAACUUAAACUGCUCAGGCAAGGAUAAAGCGAUUCAAGUGAGAUUAGUUUAUGGUUUCCUUGCCUUUGUGAUCCUCACCAUCUUCCCUAUAACUCUUCACUGCAAUUCCUGGAAAUCAAAUAGUAAAGGAAAACAGAGUGAGGAAUAACUUUACAAUACUUUAUUCUAUUUCAAUGCAUUUCAUAAUAUUUGAGUAUCAUGCAUAUCCCCCAUCAUUACUCAA